CUUUUUGCUUUGGAAUUCCAAUUAACCCUCUCUCCCUUCUGUGUUUUGCUUUGGACAAACUUUAGGCAAAGAACCUUCUUUCUCUUUCCUAUAUUUUCAUCUUUUUCCCCAUGAGUUGUUUUCUUGGAUAUUAAUGAAUGACUGCACUAAUGAAUCUGAGCAAGGGUUGUGGUCAUCAUUCAUUCCAUUGUCAACUCUCUCAUUAAUAAAUAGGUUAUUGUGGGUUUAAUUUGAUAAUCUUUUUUACUUCCCACUAGAAAGAUAGCUGGGAUUCUUGGUAAAUGCGAGUGUCACUUAAGGGUCGUUUGGAAAUUGUGAUUUCAAAUUGUGUAUUGACCUAAUUUAUGUAUUUGUGAGAUUAAAUCGUUUUUUUGACUUAUAUAGAACUAGAAUACAUGCAUUUACUUUUUGGAGGCCCCACCACUAUCACUCAAUAUUGAGAGAUUUACAAUCUCUACUUUUUGUUGAGAUUCUUCACAAUCACUCAAAACUAACUUUUUACCUUUAGAACAAAAACACAAUCUAAACCUCCAAACAAGAUAUUUGCCUAAUACAUCAAUUGAUCAAUACAUCAAAUGAUAAUACACUAAUUGUCUCAAUACAUCAAUUUGAAGAAUCACAACUUCCAAACAAGCCCUAAAUUUAAAGGAAGUUGCAGAUUCAUUGCAAUGGCUGCCAAGUGUUUGUGAAAAUUACUCUUUUGUUUUUUGUAGCUUCCAUUUUCCUCGAGUGACAGCGUCCUUCGUAAACCACCGCAUAAAGGCGGCCACCAUCCACCCUCUCUCCCCCCAACUUAGCCCACAAGUCCAUACAGAUACAGAUACAGUUAGGGACAGACAGACAGAUAGACAGUGUCUCGACGGAGAAGAAGAAAUGGCAUUCUCGUGAAACCAUCAGAGGAAGAGAAAAAAGGAGAAAAGUGUGAAGCUUUAAAGCUGGGAAGAUGACGGUGACGGAGGCGAAAGAAACCCUCUGCUGCUUCUUCUCUUCAUAAAAUAAAAAGCUCUCAAUGUCGGGUUCCUUUUCUUUCUUCACUUCCCUCUAUCUUUGCAUCUCCCAUUUGAUUCUGGCAUUAUAAUAUUGCUACUGAGAUCACAGAAACCCCUUUAUCUUUUAAUCUUUCUCUUCACUCCUUGUCUCACUCAUCCAUUUCCUCACAUUUCCCCCUUAAGAAUAUAAUUUUUUCCCGCUUCCAGUUCACGCAAGUAUUCGAUUUCUGAUGCCUUAAUAUCGUCCAAGUCCUUGCCUUUCACACUUCCACUUUAAUCUGGACUUCUUCUUCUUCUGGUUCCCCUCCGAGGUGCCAUUUUCUCUCUCUGCUUCAUUGUCCAACAUUGGUAGCUUGCUUCACUUAAUUGCCUUGAAUCUUGAUUAGGGGGGGGAAGACCACACAGCGUGUUUGAUGUUAGCAGAAUUGUAAUUCGUGAACUGCAUUGCUUGAAAUGUGAUUUGGAAUUAGUUCUACCACAUCCAUUCUUUUCGUGGUUCUUUUUGGUGUUGAUCUGUUUUAUUCGUCUUGUCUUCUUCCCCAGGGUCCUUGAAAAGAUUCUCCACUCACCCAUUUGGAGCAGUUGACUGAUCCGACUAUGUUUAUGCUCGAGUGAAGCUUCCAGGAUAGAUUCAAAUUAGUUAGUCGGCAUUGCACUUUGGUUUAAUGGUUUGGAAGUGCUAAAGCUGGUGUCUUUUUGGAUUUGCUGACGUUUUGGGGGCUUUUUGUAGCAGAAUAGUUUGUCUACAGAGAUGAGUUGGAGUUCGAGCAUGGAUGUCCACUUCAUGGAGACUAGUUAUCCUUAUAAUUCAGCUGGAAGCUUCAUGGAAUACUUUCAAGGUCUCACAUACGAACACGUGAAUUUCAUUUUUGAUGGUGGUUGCCAUGCUCAGGACAGUAGCUGUGACAAUUCAAAUUUCUACAAAUUUGGCACUUCGCAACCGGGGGGUACUUCGUAUUAUGAUCCGAGUCAUGCUUAUGAAGUCCGUGAUCAUGGACACGCGAUCGAUGAAUACAUACGACCCUUUCUGAGUUCUUCACAAAUGCCCAUUGAGCGGACUGUUGGCAGAAAUACAGAGUGGGAUAGUCAUGAGAACGCAACUGCCAGUGAAGACCCUAUUGACUGUGUGCGGAGACAUCAUAGUGAUCAUGAUUACCAUGAGGCUGUGUGGCAAGACAGCGUUGAUCCCGACCAUAUGACUUACGAGGAAUUGCUCGAACUAGGUGAGGCAGUCGGAAGUCAGAGUCGAGGGCUCUCCCAAGAACUCAUCUCUUUGCUUCCUGUGACGAGAUACAGGCGUUGCAUCUUCGCAAGAAGGAAAUCAAGAACCGAAAGGUGCGUAAUUUGCCAAAUGGAGUACAAGCGAGCUCAGAAGCGCAUCACAUUGCCGUGCAAGCACAUCUACCAUGCCAGCUGCGGUACUAAAUGGCUUAGCAUCAAUAAGGCAUGCCCCAUAUGUUACACCGACGUGUUAGCAUCAAACGUCAAGAAAUAAGCCAAACUGAAAGCAAAUACUCUCUUACCAUCGAAAGUUUUCGCGAUAUCCAAGUUUGGGAUGGUACUGUUUUCUCUCAUUCAUACAGUUCUGUUAGUUUCUGGGUUUUAGUUGGCUUCUUUAGUAGGAUUGGAGUGGAAGAAGUAGAAAAGGUGGUGGGGGGAAAUGGAAAAGAAAAGUGAAGAGAAGGGAUCAUGCUAUGCAAUGCUUGUUAUGCAAGGCAGCCAUAACCUGCAUAUUCAGUUUUUCUUUUCCUUCUUUCAUCAAUACUUAGUAUGUUAGUGGUGUGGAUUAGUGACAAAAAGUAUAAAUAACUUUUUGUGUCUGAAUUAUGUAAUUGACUAAUUUUCUUCGUUAAUUGUGAUGGUGGGCCGAUUCCUUUGACUUGUUCUUCGAUUCCGGCUAAAACAGAGCCCGGAGAGGGAAGGCCCAUGGGCUUUGACCCCAAAAAAAGAGUCGGCCUUCACCCUUUAUUAGCCGACCCACUGAGUUCAAGCAGUGUGAUCCAACAACAACUCCGUCCCUCAAAAGGAUGAAACGAGGUUGAGAUUUGGAACUCAGCAAUGGACGAGGUUGUCGGUUGUGUGUCUAAUUGAUCUAAGUUUUUUUUUUUUUUUUUUUACAAUGGCGAUAUAGGUUUAUCAUUUUUUGUAAUUAAGGGUACUACUGAAAGGAUUAGAAUUUGAGACCUUCAGAUUCUAGAUUAGUGAUAUUACCACUACACCAGACCCUUGUUCGUGAUUUAAGGGGCUCUUUGAUUUUUAGAAUUGUAUGGGAUUGUUAAUAUGCUUGCAUUCUUUAACAUCCAUUGCUUUUCAUUUUUACUUUCAUAUAGGGAUGACAAUGGGUCGGGUUUUGUCAAACCCAAACCCAAACUCAUGGGUUUAUCCGUGAAAAAAAUCCAGGGUAAAACCCAACCCGCUGGGUAUCCGCGGGUUCAUGGGUACCCACAGGUUUGUGUCGUAAAAAAUUCACAAUAACAAAUUCCUAUCAAAACACCAUUCUAGAAAAUUCAAGCAAAUCACAAAUUAUUCAACACCAAUCUAGAAUACUCAAGAAAAUUGAAGCAAUUCACAAAUUAUUUAUAAUAACAUGAUAAAUUGAAAGCUUAUUCCUUUCAAUUAAGUUUUUUCACUCUCCGCUCGAUAACAUCAACUUCAUAUUAUAUAACUAGAAAGAAAAAAUUAGGCAUGUCUCCACAAACAUAAAUAAGAUUAGUUGUUUAGAAUAUUAAAUAUGCCGAGAAAAUUAAUUAUAUGGGUGUGGGCGGGUACCCUUGGGUCGGGUUUACCUAAACCCAAACCCAACCAAGCACGAUAAAUAGUGAACGGGUUUAAACCCAAACCCGGCCCAAAACCCGUUAACACGGAUUUUACACACGUUGAUCGGGUUGGGUGGGGUGGAUAAUCGUGGGUUUGGGUUUUGUUGCCAUCUCUACUUUCAUACACAUACCGUGUAUGUAUUGUUUGUUUGAUGUAAUAGAAAUGCUGGAAAUAAUCUAAGGCGCCUUUAUACUAGCUCUGAGAAUAUUGAGAAAGUGGUGCGAAACCACCGAUUGGAAUUUGCUGAAACAAAGGGCUGGCAGCCUGGAUUCAAUAUAUUUCUUUUUGGCAAAGAUAAAUAUAGGGUUAAUAUUUUCGUAUGACCUGAAUUUUGAUCAAAAUAAAUAUUCUGGCCAAUCUUUUCGAUCUAUAACAUCCUGGCCCGAACUAUACACCAAAAUAAAUAAUUUGGCCAGAUCCGACUUUUGACCGUUAACUUGGACGGUCAAACGCGUUGACCGUUAGUCAACGCGCCAUGUCACUGCCAAGUCAGCAUAAAAUAUUUAAAAUAAUUCACAAUUUCCACACAUUCCCUAAUUUUAAAUUAUUAUAAAUUAAAAAAGGCAUCUAAUACCUUAGAUAAACCAAAAAUAAAAAACGAAAAAAAUU